AUGGGACAGCUUGGUUUGGCCGAUAUGCCGCUUCGCGUUGUUUGCAGUCAGGCUCAGCUUCCUAUUGUGCCUUCAGAUCCCACCAACGACAUUCCCCAAGGGUUCGUUCAAGUGUUCCAAGACGGCCUGGGUCGUUGCACAUGCACUCAAGCCGUGUUGCGUCUUUAUCCUGGAUGUCAACCAGUCUUCCGUCCAAAGAGACCAGUCGCGUAUGCAGCCUUGCCACUGGUCGAUGCUGAACUGAGGCGUUUGGAGGAGCUUGGGGCCUUGAUACCUGUAUCCCCCGCCUGGCCUGCUCCAGAUGCUGCAAUUAAGAAGCCAAGUGGUCCCACCAGUGCACUUGUACUGACUCCUCUACAGUUUCAACGCUGCGUUGACGCCGAUAUUCUCGCCACUGCCGGUUCCUGCUUAUCUGUCACCUCUUCUGAAUGA